AUGGCCUCCGCUAGCUCGCCCCUCCCGCCCGCGAGCAGGAGCGUGGCCGUGGAGCUGCUCCUGCUGGUGACGUUGCCCGCGCGCGUGUUCCUCCGGGUCGCGUCGGCGUCGGUCGGCGCCGCGUGGGACUGCUUUUGGUUCUGUCUAGGCAUAUUUGGACUCGCGAAGCGCUCGGAGGUCCUCAGGCUGCGGCGGGAGCUCAAGGAGAUGCAAGACGCGCGGGUGGAGCUGGAGUCGCAGCUCAUUGACGCGCGGGCGGCGUCGGAGCUGAUAGAGUCGGAGCGAGACGCCACGGGCGACGAGCUGAAGAAGAUGCGGAGGAAGUACAAGCGGGCCGUCAAGACCCUCAAGGGCCAGGUCCCCGCGAACGGCGAGGACGACAGCGAGCGGCACGGCGACGCGCGUCGCACCGAGCCCCUGUCCCACGACCACGUCGACGCGGGGCCGCCACCCGCGCACAGCAACAGAGCACCCGCGCGGCCGACGGCGGCGCGCAAGGCGGUCGCGGGCGGGCACGCGAUCGUGCACCUCGUGGUGCUCGCCACGGCGCUCGCGCUGGCGUCCACCACGGCGCUCCCGGCCUCGGGCAUCCACCGGAAGCUAGUGGCGAUCAUUGCAGGGCCGCUGGUGUUCCUGUACGUGUGGGCGAUCACGGGCCGGAAGGGCGACGGGUCCGGGUCCGCGGCGCUGGCGCUGGUGGCGAUGGGGUGCUGUCUGCUGAUGGGGUGCGCGCUGAGCAUGCACCUGUCCGCGCUGGGGCUGUAG